CCAAUGAAAACAAUGUCGUACCCUGCUCAGAUGUGGCCGCUGACACAAAGCAAACGCGACUGCUCCUGAUCAAUCCCAAACUAAAACACGAUUUACUAUCGUAUCGGGGAAAAAAUCUAGGAUUUUGAGAAACCACAAAACAUAAAAAGAGCGAGACGAGAGCGCUUCCAGGCCUUCUACGACCUGAUUUGCAUCGUAUCAACCUGCCCUGUCUGGACGUGAUACCUAUCUGAAAGCACCAACUACAAGCCAGCUCUCAACACUGGACAUUCAUGUCAUUCAUGGAGCCAUUCCGCAUUAAGAUGGUGGAACCCCUAACAUUCCUGACAAGGGAAGAACGGAUAAAAAUACUGGAAGAUAGCGGUUCGAAUCCAUUCAAACUGGAUAGUCGUCACGUGACUUUUGAUUUUGCAACUGAUUCAGGUACCGGGGCCAUGAGUCAACAUCAGUGGGCAGCGAUGAUGCAAGCAGAUGAGGGCUACUUCUCAUCACGCAGCUUUAAGAAGUUAGAGGACUGCGUGAAAUCUCUGACGGGAUUUCAAUACAUGCUACCCGCUCACCAAGGAAGGGCUGUAGAACGUCUAUUAUUUUCCAUUCUGUCGAAGCCCGGAAUGACCAUUUUCAGUAACACUUUAUUCUCCACAACACGUGGAAAUGCUGAUAUUAAUGGUUUACAGGUUGUUGAUCUUCCAUGCAAUGUAAGUCCCGAAAAUUCCUUCAAUGCGAACAUUGACUGUGGGAGGCUCAAGAAGGAACUGGAGACGAUGGGACCAGAAGGUGCAAUGGUUGUGUUGGCUGUUGCCAGCACAGGCCAAGCAGGACAGCCAGUCUCAAUGUCCAAUAUCCAAGACCUAUCAAACAUUUGUCACAGCUUUGAUAUUCCCUUGAUCAUGGACGGAUGUCGGUUCGCAGAGAAUGCCUACUUCAUCAAGACACGCGACAAGGAAUAUAGCCUCAUGUCCUGUAAAGACAUCGCCCUGAAGAUGUUCUCCUACUUCGACCAUGUCUAUGUCUCAGCCAAGAAAGACGGGCUGUGUAACACAGGGGCGUUUCUGGCCACAAACCAGCAGGGUGUUUACGACAAAGCAUCGGUCAGGAUGUUUUAUACAGAAGGGUUUAAGACGUAUGGAGGACUGACGGGUAGGGAUAUGGAGGCCAUGACAGUUGGUCUAUUGGAGAACAUUGAUGAUAAGUUUCUUCAGUAUCGAGUUGACAGCACGUACAUGUUCGGAGACAUCCUGAAGAAGGCUGGCGUUCAUGUCAUCGACCCCAUAGGAUGUGGACUAUACAUUAAUGGAGCAAAAUGCCUUCCACAUGUUCCCACUUGCCAGUAUCCAGCCUUUGCUCUUCACUGCGCUUUGUAUAUUGAAGGUGGCAUCCGUUGUGCUCAGAUCGAUGAUAUUUUGAAACUUGAUGAGAGCAAUGAGAGAGAGAAUCCGAAACCGCAACACAUUCUUCGGAUCCAGAUACCAAGGCGUGUCUACACUCUUAGCCAUAUGCUUCAUGUUGGGGACAUAUUUAAGAGGGUCAUGGAAAGACGUGAAUCUAUCUCUGGCAUGCAUGUGAUAGAUUUAACUUCUUCUGAUUUUACUGCAAUCCUGGAACCUGUUAAAGGGAAGAUAUUCGAUGAUUAAAACUUGGUUUGGACCUGUAUUCUAGCGCCUGCUGUUACUGCGAAUACACUUUUAAAGAUUAAGUAGGUUUUCAUAGUAUACGUACCCAUAUCUAAGUUGUAGUACCGCCGAUCAGGCUAUGUCAUAGGCACACAUUUCAGAACAGCGGUAAGGCGAUACAGUACGCGAAAUGUAAACGUCUCAUGCAACGGAAAUUUCGUCAGUAAAUGUUGUGAAUUUUGACAGCAACACGUGUGAGUGUUUAUCAGGUAUAUAUCUGAGAGAAGUUAGAAAUGUCAUAAUGCAAUUUUGAAAAUAAAAGAUAUGAAAAUCACUGAAAUCUAUUUUG